UGGGGACAGGGCAGAGCUGAGUGGGGCUGAACUAGUUCAGAGGAGUGUUAAGUAGAGACAGAGAGGCAGAUAGAAACACAGAGUGAAAGAAGGAGAGAGAGAGAGAGAGUCAGUGAAGAUUGUGCUUACCAAGCAGACGGGAUUAACAGCUGAAACAAACUGGACCUGUUUUCCUUUCUUUAGCUGAACUCAGUGAUAACGUAGAUGGCUGUUUAGACUGAGCUACAUGCUUGUUAGACACCAGGACAGAGAACUAUGGCAGUCAUGCCCACACUUACUGACUCCUCAUUGCAUUUAGGAUAGUGAAGAGCUUUUAUUGGUGCUUAGUUUGGUUUACCACUGACUUACUGGUGUGGGAGACUCACUCACUCGCAGUGACAUUGACCCAUAACCCCCAACUCUGCUUUGCAGGUCCCCUUGAGUUGGACUCUAAUUUUGGCUUUUGACCCCUGGAACAGGAGAGGGUUUUUGAUCUGGCAGGAGACAAGAGCUGCUGUGAACCAACCUGGACUGACCCACCAGCAUUUUUUUUUUUUUGUAAUUAUUGGACAACAGGAACGAUUUCUACUACAAGCUUUUUUUUCUACAAAACCAGACCUGAGACUGUUCGCACUGGAGUCGUAUAUUUAAAGGACCUCUGUAGCCUCUAUUGCCCCUGGACCAUGGGCUUUCUCUGGGGCAGCUUUAUGCUGCUAUGUGGGGUGACUCUGCUCAGGACGGAGGGCAGCGGAGCCCAGCAGACCAAGACCAACGUUCCCCGGCUAAAACUCUCCUAUAAAGAAAUGUUGGAGUCCAACAACCUCGUGACCUUUGACGGUCUGGCCGACAGCUCGGCUUACCACACCUUCCUGUUAGACGAGGAGAAAGGAAGGCUGGUGGUGGGAGCCAAGGACCACAUCUUCUCCUUCAACCUCCUCAAUAUCAGCAAAGACUACGCGCAGAUCCCUUGGCCGGCUUCUCCCACCAGAAGAGAUGAAUGCAAGUGGGCAGGAAAAGAUCUCUCGAGAGAGUGCUCAAACUUCGUGAAGGUGUUGCAGCCGUUCAACCAGACCCAUCUCUACGUGUGCGGGACGGGAGCCUUCCAUCCUGUGUGUUCCUACCUGGAGGUGGGAAAGAAAUCAGAGGACAGCGUGUUCAGACUGGAGCCUCAUGUAGAAAACGGUCGAGGGAAGAGUCCCUACGAUCCCAAGCUGCUGACUGCAUCCAUGCUAAUUGACGGGGAGCUGUAUGCUGGGACAUCGGCAGAUUUCAUGGGGCGAGACUUUGCCAUCUUUCGCACUCUUGGCAAGCAUCACCCAAUAAGGACGGAGCAACAUGACUCCCGGUGGCUGAACGAUCCCAGGUUUCUGGGCGUUCAUCUGAUUCCAGAGAGUGACAACCCAGAAGAUGACAAAAUCUACCUGUUCUUCAGAGAGAAUGCUAUGGACGGAGAACAUGCAGGAAAGGCCACACACGCUCGCAUCGGGCAACUCUGCAAGAAUGACCUGGGAGGUCACAGGAGUCUGGUAAACAAGUGGACCACCUUCUUGAAAGCUCGACUUAUUUGCUCCGUGCCUGGCAGCAACGGAAUAGACACACACUUUGAUGAACUACAGGAUGUUUUUCUCAUGAGCACCAAGGAUCCCAAGAGCCCAAUCAUUUACGGAGUAUUUACGACUUCCAGCAACAUCUUCAAAGGCUCAGCUGUGUGUAUGUACAGCAUGACAGACAUCAGGAGAGUGUUCCUGGGUCCAUACGCUCACAGAGAUGGACCCAACUAUCAGUGGGUGCCUUUCCAGGGACGUGUUCCCUAUCCACGGCCUGGCACUUGCCCAAGCAAGACAUUUGGUGGAUUUGACACAACCAAGGACCUUCCCGAUGAAGUCGUAACCUUUGCAAGGAGCCAUCCGGCCAUGUUCAACCCCGUCUACCCCAUCAACAAUCGACCCAUCAUAGUCAAAACAGACGUGGAUUAUCAGUUCACCCAGAUAGUGGUGGAUAAAGUAGAAGCAGAAGAUGGCCAGUAUGACGUAAUGUUUAUUGGCACAGACAUGGGAACGAUUUUGAAGGUGGUGUGCAUCCCCAGAGGCUCCUGGCAUGACUUAGAGGAAGUCCUAUUAGAAGAAAUGACAGUCUUCAGAGAGCCGACAGCCAUUACAGCCAUGGAACUUUCAACAAAACAGCAACAACUGUACCUGGGCUCGAACAUCGGCGUGUCUCAGAUGCCUCUGCACCGGUGUGAGGUUUAUGGGAAGGCCUGCGCUGAAUGCUGCCUGGCACGGGACCCUUAUUGUGCAUGGGAUGGAACAGAAUGCUCCAGAUACUUUCCCAUGGCUAAGAGGAGAACAAGGAGGCAAGAUAUCAGGAACGGAGACCCACUCACGCAGUGUUCCGAUCUGCAGCACCACGAUGAACUAAGCGGACAGACGACCCUCCUGGAUAAGACGGUGUACGGCGUGGAGAACAGCAGCACUUUCCUUGAGUGUAGUCCCAAGUCCCAGAGAGCCAUGACCUACUGGCAGUAUCAACACUCCGCUGACGACCGCAAACAAGAGAUCAAAUCAGAAGAGCGUUUCAUCCGCACGGACCAGGGCCUCCUGAUUCGCACGCUGAACAAGAAGGAUUCGGGCAUCUAUCUGUGCCAGGCGGUGGAACACGGCUUCAUGCAGACGGUUCUAAAGGUCACCCUAGAGGUCAUCGACACGGACCGCCUGGAGGACCUUCUGCAUCGUGACGAAGAGGCAGCGGCCAGCGUCCCGGCUCAGGACUUUUCCUCGCCGAGAGAAACUCCCAAUCAAAAGCUCUGGUACAGAGACUUCCUGUCUUUGGUGAAUCACCCGACCCUGAACAGCGUGGACGAGUUCUGCGAGCAGGUUUGGAAAAGGGAGAGGAAGCACCGGAAGCAGAAAGCUCACCUGGUGCAGCAAGUACAAAUGCACCAGCAGCAGCAGCAGCAGCAGCAGCAGCAGAAGGUUGUGAUGAACCCUCACAGCCACAUGCACGCUCAGGGGCUGGCGGCCAAGUGGAAACACCUGCAAGAGAGGCAGAAGGGACGCAACCGCAGGACCCAUGAACUGGAGAGGGCCCCCCGCAGCGUCUGACCCACAAACCUUGACUUUUAGCGCUGAGACUUGAAACCACACCCAGUUCUCAUUCUGUAAACCUGAUUAACUUAUCAUGUUUGUCCUCCUCCAUUCUGAGAUACAGACUUCUUCCACAAAAGACUGGAUAGAAAAGUUAAAAUGCAAAAACACCACCCUGGUCUGCCAGCUGGUGUGUUCUGUGCGUGGGCAGCCGUGUUUACAGAGCGCCAGUACGGAGGACUGCAGGAAACAGGAUGUUGUAUCACCCCCAGUCCAUUGAAGCAUAUUAUCUCAGCUGGCCUCUGUGGCCCUGAACUUCUACAGAGGGACAGCGUCAACCAGCACAGGAACUGGACGCAUAUACCCACACUACAGACUCUUUGUGGAGGUGGCUGUGGCAGCGGCAUUGUGUCAUGGCAUGUUAGUUAGGUGUCUUUGUCAGUGUACAGAUGAGUAGGUACCUAAAAAGACGCGAUAAUGUCUUUUAUACUGCAUAAUUACAGAACACGUGUGGGUGAGAUUGUAUUAAAAAUAACAGUCUGGAGAAUAAACGUGCAGUGGAAUCAUAACAAUAAGUGACGCUCAUGGAAAGGACAAUAAGGAAUAUUUGGUCUUUUUUUUUUUCGUAUUAUUAUUACUGGGUAAAUCAGCCAACAGGUGAAAGAGAAAUGCCCGAGCACUGCAAGAAACCAGGAGGAACAGUCAUUAUUUGGUCAACAAAUCUACUUAUGUAACUAAGAUGUGUAAAUACUGUAUUCUACGAUGUCUCUAAAGGGAAUGGCUUGCAGUUGUCUAGUUGCUUCAUGUUGUUUUUCCCCCCCAGAUAGAAAUGUAUUUAAGAAAAAAAAGUCUGUCGAAAACAGUCGUAAACAGGGAGAUUUUGUACUAGUCUGUGUGUCUAUGCCCUAGAUAAGCUUCCCAAACAAAGACAGGUUUUAUUUUUUUUUUGUUAAUCAUCGGAUUCUUUUCAGCAUUUAUAAAGUUUAGAGGUCUGCCAACUGCAUCACACCAGUGCGCAACAUGUCACACUGAGUUCUUCCAUGUUAAUUUAAUUACACUUUGUAUACGAUUUGUUUCCGCUACUUGUGUAUUUAUUGAUAUACGGUUCUGUACGUUAUGACUUUUGAUGUGCAGACUUUUUUUUUUUUUUUUUGCAGUUCAUCAUUUCAUUAAUUUGAUUUACAGGACCAAUCUCGUUAAAACAAAAACAACUGUAUUAUCACAAAUACUGUAGUAAGACUGGAAGUUAUUUAUCAGUUUUGAUCAAUAUCGCCUGCAUUACAUAUCAAACGCACUGAGCAAUAAGCCAGUAUACAUACUGUAAUUUUUCUUCCACAUUUAUUAUCCAUACUCUUCACAGGCGGCGCACUGUGACGGCUUCAUUUCACUGCAUGUAAACGAAAACCUCUAGUUUUUUCCAGAGUAUAACAGCAUUUUACUAAACGACGCGCACACACAAAACCUGGAAUGUAGCUGUGAAAACAUCAUGUAAAUAUAAAUAGUAUGGUCUAUGUUUGACAAAUAUGACACUAGUGCAUGUGAAUACUAUUGUAGUGUUCCUGUUUUUGCUAUGGCAAUGAUAUUCUAGUCUGAUGUCGUCACCGUUAAGUUGUUGUUUGCUUAUGCAGUACACAAUAGUUACUUAUUUCAAAGAUGUACAUACUAUUUCUGUUAGGACUCUAAACUGUAUACUUGAUAUAAAUAAGAACUGAACAGGAUCCCUCUAUGGAUUGUCCACAGACCACUUUGCAACACAUCCGUCUGUCAGAUAAUGUAAAUGAGUGUUCGCCAGCUUCAUCUGCUUUUGGAAAUCUACACCAAAGGUAGAUGAGAAACAGUUGGAAGUCAGCCGGAGGAGAAUCUAACAAACUAAGGUGAACACCAGAGUUGUGGAUUAUGAUAAGAUCAUCAUCAUAAAGAGAAAAAAAAAAGUAGGGGACCUGUCUUGGAAGUGAGGAAAUGAAGUGCUGCUGUUGCUGCUUUUUUGGCAUGAUGAUGAUGAUGAUGAUGAUGAUGGUGGCGAUGUAUUCUACUGAUCUAAUAAAUGUCUCUUCAUAAAG